AGAAGCAUAAAACAACUGAGUUUGGGAAUUUCUCAGAAAUGGCAUGAGACUGUUUUGGAAAUGCAUGUGCAUCAAAUUAAAACGUUCAUGUGCUUAAAACAUCCCUUUGCGUUAAUUUAGGGUUUAUCAUCUAACAAUUAAAUUCAAGUAGUGAUCAUAAAUGGCUCUUCUCGUGUAUCAAGAGACUAAUAUUUAACUUUUCCCCGCUGUUGAUCCCAAAAAUGGGCUAUAAGUUAUUAUUGAAGAUAACAUACAUAUAUUAAGAAUCUAAUCUUAGAUCUCUAAACUCAAAGAGACAACACUUAAGUCUCUUUGUGUGUGUGUGUGUGUGACUAUCAAACACAAUAAUAAAUAUAUAUUUCUAUUUAUAUCAAUAUAAAAUAAGAAGAUAUGACUCCAAAAUGUAUCAUAUAAAUACAAACAUUUUCUCUAUAGAGAUCACUGCAAAAAAUACAGUAGAAUACAAAAGAGAGAGAUAGAGAGCUAUAGAUGGAGUGUUCAAACAUGAAACAGCAUCAGUACGGUUCAUACGCAGAGCCAAGGAUCUCAUUCUCGAGCGGUUUUGCAGCGACUAAGCACGAAAUGAUCAAGUACAAGGAGGCACCUGUGUCGUCAGAUGAUUUUGAGUUCGGAGUCGAGAACUUCUCCAUGACCACAGCAGAUGAAAUCUUCUUCGAUGGCAUGAUUUUGCCUCUAAAGGAAGAAGUUAACACGUCGAAGAGAAUGUCAACCCUGAGGGAAGAACUCAGUGAAGAAGAUGGUGAUUCGCCGAGAAGCAAAUCUAAAGGAACAAGUGGUUGGUGGAGAGAGAGAUUAGGGUUAGGAUUUGUGAGGUCCAAGAAAGAUCACAAGAAAGGCUCUUUUUAUCAUCAUUAGAAUCAAUUCUACUACUAUUCAACCGUUCUUUUUAAUUAAUCUUUUUAAUUUGUUGAUGUUUUUUGGCUUCUUCUCUUCGUAGGGCUAAUUUACUCGGUAAUGUGUUUUCUCUGUUUUCGUUUUUUCACAUCUUCACUGUUCCUCGCCAAUGUAAAAAUUGUUUGCGGUUGAAGAGUUUCUUCUUUUUGUGUGUGUUUGAUGCUUUUCUUUCAGGGGAAAUUAAUGACGACAUAAAUAACGAGUUUAUUUUCCAAUUU